AUGAUGAUUUCAUUGCUGUCAAAUGGUAUUUUCGGAUGCUUCGUGACGAUCCCCACGGGACAAACUGAAGGUCCAGUGACCUCUAUAAUUGAAGGUGUAAUUCAGUGUGAAGAUGUGAGAGAACCUGAAAUAACAACUCCUGCAGAAUUGAUGACAAGUGACACGUCAGUGAAGUCUGAACCUAUCGAGAUGAGUUGUUCAAAACACGAUUCCAUUGAAAAAUGCCAAAAUGCGACAACAUCAAGUGUGAAAUGUAUCUGGUAUGAAAAGGCUAAUAUGUGCAUUAACAGCGAUGAUAAUGAUGUUAAAAACACCACUUCAGAAAUAACU